AUGCGUUUAAAAACUCUUCGUAAAGAAAGACCAGCUUUUGAAAAUGAAGGUACUGUCAUCAGUGGCAGUCGAAUGGAUCUAUCUAAUAGUGAAUAUAAACCAUCUAAAUAUCGUACAAAUAAUGCAUUUGCUUUACCAACAUCUCUCAAUAAUGAUUUAUGUUCUAAUAGUAUGUCAAUAUCGAAUCCUGUUCAGGAAAUGGAUAUUCAUGCUUCUCAACAAACAUUAACACAUCAAAAAUUAAAUCAACCACUACCAUCUCAAACAACACGUACAUCAUCAUAUCAAGCUAUUGAAGCUGCCUAUCUUGAACAUGGUAUUCGUAUACAUUUAAAUCCAACAACUGCUGCAGCAGUAACUCAACAACAACAACAACAACAACAACAGAAUCAAACUGCAUCAAUAAUAACAGGAAAUACAACGGAAAGAAAAUCUGCUAGUACUACUCAACGAAGUAAAGCAUUUGUUCAUCGAAAUCCAAGUCGAUCAUCAAGUGUACUACAUUAUACAACUACUCUACAAGAUCCAUAUCAAGAUUCACGACCAUUUAGUGAAUUACAACAAACAUCUACAACUGAUUUUGGAGAAACACAAACACAUAAUGUUUCUUAUACUCAAACAACUGAAAGUGAAAAAAAAUUACAUUUAUCAGAACAAUUAGAAAAUAAUUAUUGCGCAUCAUCAAUUCUCCUAAGUGAACCUUCUGAUCAUAUAAUCAUACCUACACAAAUACCUAUUACAAAUGACACAACAUCAACAAUAGCAACAGUACUUGAUAAUGAUCCUGAUCUCGCUUAUAUGACUUCAUUAUUACAAACAACUAAUGGAGAUGCCUUUCGUGAUAUAAUUCGUCGUCGAGCUGGUCUUCGUCCAACACUUGCUGUUCAUCGACAUCCACCAUCAACAAUAACAACAACAACAACAACAACAACAACAACGACGACGACGACGACGAUGGCUAAUUCUAAACAACAGGAAAAAUCAUCUGUUGUAAAUUCAUCGCCUACUAAUCAUCAAAAAUCAUCAUUACGUCAUUCUACGAUAACUGUUCCUCCUCCAACAACAACAACAACAACAACAACACCAUCGAAAAAAAAAGUUGAAAAAGAUAUUCUUAAACAUGCAACACGUAUUCGAGCAAGUCAAUUAAAAGAUUAUUUUAUUAAUCAUGACAUAGUUUCAAGAUCAAAUCUAAGUCACCAUGUAUCAUCAGUUUCGAAUUCACCAACAAGAACACAUUAUUCGAAUAAACAAAAUAAAACUAAUAAACCAUCAAAAUCUAUUAGUCUCGAACCACUCGAACUUCUCUUAGCACCUGCACAUCGUUCAUCAUCACUACGAACACCGGCACGUGUAACUUCAUUGUCAUCGCAUGUUUUUCCUGAUAUUAAUCAUAAUAAUCAUCAAGAAAAUGUAAAGUCUUCUAAAACAUACACUAAAUCACCUAAAAUCUCCUUCGUUGAAAGUAAUAACACUACACAGAAUGAAAUAACAACAAUUUUUUCCUUAAUUGAACACUCAAAUUCACCAUUAUUAAAUGAUGAGAAUUUACAAUUAAUGAAAACUUCUCUAUUAGGUAUGAUCUCAAAUAAUAAAACUCGUCAAUCAAAUUCAAUUGAUUCUGGCUGUUAUGAUCAAAGUAGUAGUAGUGGUGAUGUACAAAGUAUAACAUCUUCAAGUAUUAAUCAAGCAUCAAGCCCAAUACCAUCAGCACGAUUCGCAAGUGCAAGUACACGUCGUUCAAAUACAAGUAAAAAAGUUUCAUUCGAAGAUCCAUCUAGAACAGUUAUUACUACAACAGCAAUACAUGUAUAA